AUGGCUCCAAAAUCUAGCAUCGCAUCUCUAUCCCUGGGCCGGGCCUGGGUCCAUCCUCUGGAGGCCAAACUCGACCAAGCCGCAGCCCACAACUUUGCCGGCAUAGAGCUCUUCUACGAAGACCUCGAAUACCUCGCCAAAACCAUACCUGGCGGACCAACUCGCUCUAAUCUUCUUCACGCCGCCACUCUGACACGUGCCAUGUGCAUCUCCCGCAAACUCACUAUCCUCUGCCUCCAGCCAUUCAUGCACUACGAGGGCCUCCUCGACGCCAACGCGCACGCAAAGCGCAUUGAAGAUUUUCAGUUCUGGCUUCUUCUAUGCAAGACCCUGGGCACAGAACUUAUCGUCGUCCCAUCGACCUUUCUCACCGAAGGAGUAACGGGAGACCGAAUCGUCCUCGUUUCUGACAUGCGCGAGAUUGCGGACCUCGCUGCACAACAGCAGCCUGUGGUGCGAAUAGCGUAUGAAGCGCUGUGCUGGGGUACUUUCAUCAACACGUGGGAGGCCGCGUAUGAGCUCGUGUGUGACGUCGACAGAGUGAACUUCGGCACCUGCUUGGAUGCUUUCAAUAUAUGUGGACGAGAGUUUGCCGACCCCGCAGCACAAGAUGGACGCAUGCUCGGCGCCGAAAAAAGCCUCAGGGCAAGCCUGGAGAGGAUGAGAGAUGUGAUUGAUGUCAAGAAAGUUUUCUUGGUCCAAGUGGCCGACGCGGAGAGGAUGAGUGACCCUUUAGUCGAAGGACAUUCAUUCCACGUCGAUGGUCAGCCGACAAAGAUGAGCUGGAGCAGGAACGCUAGGUUGUUCCCUGGCGAAGAGGACAAGGGUGCAUAUCUACCCGUCUUGGAUGUCUUGAGGGUUAUCACAGGACAAGACGGACUAAGAUAUGAUGGCUGGAUAAGCUCUGAGAUAUUUUCGAGGACCCCGGUGGACCCAAGGCCAGAGGUGGUGGAAGAGCACGCGCAGCGGGCGGAGAUAAGUUGGGCAUGGAUGGAGAGGGAGUUGGGAUGGGAGCAGAAGGAAAUUACUAUCAAGAAGGUAGAUGGCGGAUCUGAGGAUUUGUCCGUGAAUUCGUUCGGCGCUCUUCGCUACCUCUACAGGUCUGUCAAAGGAGCCUUUGGGGCGUAGACGUCUUCAAAGAAAUCAUGA